AUGAGCGACGAGUGGAAAAAAACUUUUAAAACUCGUGAAGCAUUGUAUGAGUGUCGUAAUGAAGAGGAACUUCUCUUUUAUCUUUCUCAAGUAUUUCAAGAUCUUGUUGAUAAUGCACUCUAUUUGAACCUUAAAAAGUGUACCUUCCUUUCAACUUCAGUCACUUUUUUAGGUUAUGUUAUUUCUGAUCAAGGAAUUUCAGGGGAUGACUCAAAGAUUGAAGCCAUAUCUGAGUGGACUACUCCAACAUGUAGUAAAUAUGUUAGAAGUUUUCAUGUCUUGGCAUCUUUCUAUAAGCGUUUUAUUCGCAACUUUAGCUCUAUAGCUGCUGGAGUAACUGAUUGUUUGAAACAAGAAAAAUUUGUUUGGACUGAGGAAGCAGUUAAAAGUUUUAAUAUUCUUAAGGAAAAGUUAUGUAGUGCACCAGUUCUUGCAAUGCCAAACUUUACUAAACCUUUUGAAGUUGAUUGUGAUACGUCCAUGAUCGGGAUUGGAGCUGUAUUGUCUCAAAGUGGUCAUCCAGUUGCCUUUCAUAGUGAAAAGAAUUCAGAAGCUAAAAAAAAGUGGUCAACUUAUGAGCUUGAAUUAUAA